AUUUUGUACCUCAACUGUCAAUAAAAAUGAAUACUCCAUUCUCAUCCCUUUUCCACUUUCUUAACGAAUUUGAUGAAUACAACCAUGAUUCUAAAAAUAGAUAUCUUCACGGGAGCAUGUCAAUUUUUACUCCCAAGUUCGAUGUUUGCGAACUAGAAGAUGCCUAUGAGUUGCACGGAGAGCUUCCUGGCCUAAAUAAAAAUGAUCUGCAAAUCGAAUUUACAGACAAACAAACAUUAUUAGUUCAUGGACUAGUUCAACGAUCUUAUAAUUAUGGUUCUCCCUCCGAAAGCUUUCUAUUCUUAGAUAACCCGACUAUGAGUGGAGCCAUCACGGAGGGGAAGUCUGAGCAAGCUAGUACUCAAGCGAAGAAAAAGGCAUCUACUAAAGAUUCUACUGAGAUUGAGAAGGGAGGCGACACUAGCAGAUCCAGGUAUUGGAUUGCUGAGCGAAGAGUCGGGGAGUUUUCGCGCACCUUUACCUUCGCACGCCAGGUAAAUGAGGAGGGUGUAACAGCCAAGCUCGAAGAUGGCAUUCUCACAGUCCACGUGCCGAAGAUUGCGAAGCCGAGCAGUAGGCGUAUUGAGGUCGCAUGAAGUACCCUAGUUAUCAGCUGUGAAGCAACAAGACUGUUGGCAAUGAUGCUGAAGGAUGAUUGGAUGGAAACCCUUCUUCACUUUAUGAAGGGUGUGAAAGAGGAGGUAAUAUAUUGAGAAGAUUAAUACAAUCGUUAAUGGGAUUCUGGGAUUCCUUAUCCUGAUCUAAUUGUCUAAUUCUGACUUAUUUCUUCAAGUUCAAGGAUUAUCAUUGCCGACUGGAUAAAGAUCGGUUUACAUAUAAGGUUGCUUCUCUACAAUGAUAUAAAUGAGAACAAUCGGUCGCUAACCUGGCUUCUUUUGUAUGGAUAGUUCCACAAACUUAUAAAUAGGCUUGGACUACUUUAAUGGAACCUGGUCACUUUU